CGGUUCCGGGGUGUCACCGAACUGGCUGCAGUGACACCCGGUGUCACUGCUGGCUGCAGUGACACCGGGUGGCCGCACGCCACAGGGAGCACCUGGAGCACGGCCAAGUGCCUCCACCCGUCUCACCCCACAGUGAGGUCACUCUGGGUGGCUCCUGGUGUCGUGGGGUCGUUGUGUGGCCUCUCCCACACUGGGCAGGGACACUGUGGGGUCACCGUGUGUCCUCGGUGCCGGGGGCUGAGCAGACACCGGGGUGCAUCAGGUGGCUCCAUGCCCAGGGCAGGGACACGCACAGACAUGGCACGUGCCCGUGGCAGCGGGGCAUGGCGUGGCCACACCGGCUGCACUGGUCCUGCAUGGGAAUGGCCCCACGCCCUGCCCUGAGCCACCGCAGGGCUGGAGCCGGUGUCACCUGCCAGCACCACCUGCCAGUGCCACCUACCAGUGCCACUGUGCCACCUCCUGCUCCCGGGUUGCUUCUGUGCCAACCUGAGCCUCCUCCCCAGGGAUGAACCAGUGAAGCCUGAUGCUGGGAGGGCUCUGGGUGCCACUGCAGGUGGUGACACCAGCCUGGCACGUGGCUUUGCAGCUCUGCCAGGGCACAGGGCUGGAUCCAGGCUGGGUGAGCCAGCAGCUCCCUCUGGAACUGCUCCAGUCCCCCAUCCUAUAGGAAUUCCCCCCUCAGCUGUGAUCCGGUGACUGGCAGGAGCUGCUGGGACUCCCCAGGUGGCAUCCCAGGGGCUGGUACUGCAGUGGGAGCCAGGCACAGUCCAGGACAUGUUUUUUUGAUGGGUUUGUUUGUGGUACCAUGGUAGGACCACCACUUGUGCUGCCUUUCCUGUCCAUUCCCGGCUUGCACACGACUGGCACAUCCUGGUGGCUGCCGCAUUGAUCAGCUCAAUGCAGAGCUAAUGAUGAGGGAAGCAGUCUGGAGCCCUGGGGACACUGCAGAGGCCACUUGUGUUCCUUCUCCUGCAGCUGCCAGGAGGGCUCAAGCUGCCCACAAGCAUGUCCUGGGCUCCCCCUGUUUGCCAUGCUCCAGCUGUGGCUGCCAGUCCCCACACUGCCAGUGCCUGUGCUGCUGGUGCCCACACUCCUGCUGUCCACACUGCCAGUGCCCACAUCCCACGGGCGUGCAGGGGGCAUGUCCUCAUGCACACAGAGCUCUCAGCUCCUUUCAGCCCUCGCCGUGAGGGGUACAUGGGUGCUUGUGCCCCCUUAAUGUGCCCUUUAGGAGGCUGUGCCAGCUUGUGGAUAGCAGGUCUCAAUGUGCAGGGUGCCCAUCGUCCCUUGGAGCCAUGCCCUGGGACCAGGAGAGCACAGGAUGAGCCAGGGAAGGGGGGAGGAGCAGCGGAGGGCCUGAGCAGCUCAGGGUGGGGACCCCGCGGCUGGAGUGGGUGGGUACCACAUCCGUGGGUGAUGCGGGGCGGGGUGCUCAGCACGGGGCCGUGGGUGCCGGCGGUGACUCUGCCCUCCUCCCCCAGACCUGCCCGCGCUGCUGACGCCCUCCGCCGAAGCCCAGGUACGUGGGGGCCGGUGACCUGCCCCGUCUGCCAUCCCAGCCCGGUGUGGGCUGGGCGCGGCCACCUGCCCCCCUCACCCGGGGCUCACAGGUUCUGGGACGGGACCCAGCACCAAGGAGGGGCCGGGGACAGCUGUGCCAGGGUGCCUGCUGUCCCCUGCCGGUGCUGUCCCCCGCAGAUGGUGCAGUCGCUGGGCUUUGCCGUGUACCGGGCGCUGGACUGGGGACUGGACGAGAACGAGGAGCGAGAGCUGAGCCCGCGCCUGGAGCAGCUCAUCGACCUGAUGACCAACAGCGACUCCGAGGACAGCGGCUGUGCCACGGCCGACGAGGGCUAUGGAGGGCAGGAGGAGGAGGAGGAGGGGGGUGAGGGGCCGCCUCGCUCCGUGCGCACCUUCGGCCAGGCCAUGCGCUGCUGUGCCGCCCGCCUGGCAGACCCCGCCGGCGCCCCGGGGCACUACCAGGCUGUGUGCCGCGCCCUCUUCGCGGAGACCGUGGAGCUCAUGGCCUUCCUCGCCAAGAUCCGCGACGCUAAGGAGCUACUGCAGAAGCUGAAGGAGGAUGAGGAAGAGGAGGAGCGGCCGGCGGCGGAGCUGGGCAACCUGCGCAACACAGACUGGGCCCGGCUGUGGGUGCAGCUGAUGCGGGAGCUGCGGCACGGUGUGAAGCUGAAGAAGGUGCAGGAGAAGCAGUUCAACCCUCUGCCCACCGAGUACCAGCUCACGCCCUUCGAGAUGCUCAUGCAGGACAUCCGUGCCCGCAACUACAAACUCCGCAAGGUCAUGGUGGAUGGAGACAUUCCCCCCCGGGUGAAGAAAGAUGCCCACGAGCUCAUACUGGACUUCAUCCGCUCCCGACCCCCCCUGAAGCAGGCAUCAGAGCGGCGGCUGCGGCCGCUGCCCCAGAAGCAGAGGACGCUCCAUGAGAAGAUCCUGGAGGAGAUCAGGCAGGAGCGGAAGCUCCGGCCUGUGGAGCAGAAAGGGUACAGCUCCUUGCCCUGCAUCCCCCACGCCUGCGCCGGUCGCCUGAGCUCCAGCUCCUGCCUCGAGCUGUCCCGGUGCCCGGCCAGCACCGUCCCCACACGUCCACGGCCACGCAUCCUGCUCAAGGCGCCCACCUUGGCUGAGAUGGAGGAGAUGAACCUCUCCGAGGAUGAGGACUCUCCGGGCACGGAGGUGCCGCUGAAGCGGGAUCGCUCCUUCUCGGAGCAGGACCUGGCACAGCUGCAGAGCCAGCUGGGGGGUGACCAGCCUGUGCCCCGGGACCCAGAGCCACUGCAGCCCGAGCCCCGGCCCCGCUCAGGCUCUGUCCCUGCCAGCUGCCACCCACUGCCAGUUGGCCCAGCCCUGCCCCGGGCUGCCCUCGGUGCCGUGGAGGAGAGGCCAGAGGAUGGAUCCAGCACUGCUCCUGCCAGCAGCUCCAAGCACCUCUGGCUGGAGUUCAGCCACCCUGUGGAGAGCCUGGCCCUGACCGUGGAGGAGAUGAUCAACGUGCGCAGGGUGCUGGUCAAGGCUGAGAUGGAGAAGUUCCUGCAGAGCAAGGAGCUGUACAGCAGCCUGCGGAGAGGGAAGGUCUGCUGCUGCUGCAGGGCCAAGUUUCCUCUCUUCUCCUGGCCCACAUCAUGUUUCUUCUGCAAGCGGUCUGUCUGUAGCUCCUGCAGUCUAAAGAUGAAGAUGCCUUCCAAGAAGCUGGCUCACAUCCCCGUCUACGCGCUGGGCUUCGAGAGCCUGCCAGGCUCGCUGCUGCCCAAGGCCCCGCCGCUGCGCCGGAGGGAGCCCUUCCACUCGCUCUCGGGGCCGUGCUGGCGCCGGGUGGAGGAGGAAUUCCCCCACAUCUACGCCCAGGGCUCGGUCCUGCGCGACGUCUGCUCUGACUGCGCCGGCUUCGUCACGGACGUGGUGAGCUCCAGCCGCCGCAGCGUGGCCGUGCUCAACGCCAGCGCCGCGAACCGGCGCCACGCCAAGGCGCGCUCCCUCUACAGCGACGCGUGGCUCCAGUGAAGGGCCGGGAGCCCCGGUGACGGUCGCCGCGGGGGUGCCGGUCACCCCGGCACAGCCCCCCCGAUGUACAUAUAUACAUAGGAUGGAUACACACAGCUUCUAUAUUUAUAUACAUUAUGGACCAAGGGGCAAAAGGACACGCUCCCGCUGUCCCCGCCAUCCUCGUGUUCCUGCCGCCAGCCCCCGAGGGGACGGAUCCUGCUGUGGGACACCCGCAGCCCCCGGGAGGACGGAUCCCGCUGCGGGGCAGCUCUUGGGGGAUGGAUCCUGCUGUGGGACACCCGCAGCCCCUGCGUUCCCCCCCCGGCUCCGCUUCUGUGCCAAGCCCUGGCUGUGCCGGGGUGCCCGGUGCCCUGGGCUGGCAUGGCUGUUCUGUAUGUCCCCUCCAUAAUAAACCCGCUGGGCUGCCCUGGG